AUGCGGAACCCAGAUCCUGGGCCAAGUCGGUUCACCUCUCUUGCAUGGGCAGCAGUGCUGGCUUGCGAGGAGGUAUUCGAAUUUCUGCUCGAGGCUGAUCAUGACGAGGAGGAACUCAGUCGGGAUGCUGAGAACAAUACCAUUCUGAUCCUGCUUGCCGGGGCACCGACCCCACCCGCUCGGCACGGCCAGCUCCGCACCCACUCGCUCGCGCAAUCACAUUUACGUAUGGCCCAACUGUAUCUCGAGCGAUAUGCAUUUCUGCUCGACUGGCCCAACAUGCAGGGAAUGUCAGCGUUGCAUCAGGCUGCCCUCAAAGGGAACGAGGCCUUUGUGAGGAUGCUGCUAGAUAUGGGUGCGUUUUUGGACCAGGCUGAUCACCAGGGGAACACGCCCUUGCACUACGCAAGCGCUUGGGGUCAUGUUCAAGUGGUUCAAUUACUGAUAGAACGAGGCUGCCAGUUUGCGCUGAGAAACAAUGAGGGAUUUACAGCCUCGGACUAUGCAUAUUCAAUAUCAACGAUGAAUACACUACAAGAUACCGUCCGUGCGCAAUUUGAAGUUAAUAAGAAACAAAAGGCGGCGCGAUUGCGGAACAAUCGGAGAAUAUCAGAGGAUGAUUUCGAAGAUAUUGGUUAUGGCGGAUAUCCCGGUCGGUUCGCCGACGCAACGCUUGAAUCUAUGGAGCACAAUCGAUUCCGAAGCGGUUCAGCUUCGACGAGCGAGGGAACCAUUGAGUCCAACGUGGCUUCGCGCAUGAGGGAACGGGAUGCCGAUGCGAUGGCGGAAUACAGGCGGCGCGACCAGGGAGGGUUAGAAGUCAGGAGAGAUGAGGAACUGAGGCAGGAGAGGGUUCUUCGACGACAGCGAAGUGUGAGCAGCUCUAGCUUAGGAGGGCCUGCGGAGUCCAGCGUUGCAAGCGGUGUCAGCGGUGGAAAUCUAGGUUCAACCGGGAGCCAAUCACAGUUGGGCGGAAGUGCGAAUGGAGGUGCACGGCAGAGCGGGUCGAGUAAGGCUCUGCCGCCCACGCCGAGCGCUCAUCCGUUUGCUGCUGCCGCGCUACCGACCCAGUUCCCUACAACUUUACAAUCGCAGUUCCUGCCAUUGUCGAAUAUGUCUGGAACAUUCGCUCCUGCUCGGAAUCAUCCCAUUGCGGGAGAACCGAUGCCACCUCCGCCCUCACCUGGCCGAAGGUUGCGAGCAGUUGCAAGUGCGAACGCGCUUGGUACGAUGGCCCUGGCUCAGGCAACGCGGCCCAAACGUGCCGGGACCAAUGAGGGUCUUGGAACCAGCCCCGGACUGGCCCAGUCUCCUUCCGGCCGGAGUGUAUUGCAUGGGCGAUCUGCAAUUAGUUCCCCUCGCCCGCCUCCUUCGUUACCACCUCCAACAGGACCGAUCCCUCCGACCCCACCCAAGAAUAAUUCAGUAGGCUCUGUCAGUAUGUCUCGCGAAACACCGAAGCGUGAGACAAGUGGUGGUAGUGGCGGAGUUGCGAAUGGAAAAGAAACACCUAAGAAAGAAGGAAAGGAAACACCCUCACGGACCGGACUGGGACUUCGGGCAGGGGUCUUGGGAGUUGUCAAGCCGAUGUUAAGCCCGAGUGCGUUGAAUGGCUCGUUCUUUUCGCGGGGUGAUCAGAGCAAUGGGGCCAAUUCGAAUAGCGCUCGAACCGUCGAGGCUUCGAGAUAG